GCACGCUAGACAGUUAUUUAAAGUGCUUACGCGUGUGCAUUGCGUUUAAAAAAAGUGUUCUAAUAUUUAGUUUUUUAAUACAAAUUGUCUUUGAGCUAUAGUCAUGAGCGAUGCAAGCUUCUGCUAUCCAUACUACAACGCUCUAUCGAUACUAGAAUCGCCAAGUGAUCCCUCAUACUUUAGCUACUCGAGCGUACACAAUUCUACGAUAAUAAGUGAUGUGCGCGAAAAUGUUGAAACACCAGCGCAGAACAUUACAACAAUUUCCCUCCUUGCCAGCAGCAGUGGUGACGAAGAAUUAUCACCGCAAACAUUGGACACCACUGAAGAGCAAUCAACAUUGGUUGACGCCGGACAUAGUAGGGGAACUCUAGAGCGCUCAACAGUGACAGAGACAACGCUUAACUUUAAUGCGCUUUCAAUUUUCCACCCAACAAAUUAUUCGGCAUUUGAAGCGAGUGCGUCACAUUUUAUAUCAACCACCAGCACACCCAUGUCCGGGCGUGGUAGAAGAGCGGAAGUUGGCGUUGAAGUGACGCGUUAUGUAGCUGUACCGCCUGAGGCUUUGCCGAUGCCUAAUUUUGACCGACCACGGCCGCCGGGGAAGCGGAGACAAAGUAGCGACACCGACGGCGAUAAUGAUGUCACACAUUUUAUAGCUGUGCCACCGCAUGCGCUACCAAUGCCGAAUUUUCCAACAAUACCAACACCUGAAAGCGUAUCCGCAGUUUAUGUAUCCAGUGCGGCAGUGGGUGUCGAGUCGGGACGUCAACGUCAUGCGCCGCUCUAUGGACGAUUUGUGGUCGAAGAAGAGCUUCCUGCAACACAUCGAGAUGUUAUGCAUCACCGAUCUAGUCCGACGUCAUCGUCUGAGGUGCGUGCCAUGCAGGCACGAAUUCCAACACAUUUUCGUGAUCCAGCAACAGCGCCGUUGCGAAAAUUAAGUGUGGAUUUGAUUAAGACCUACAAGCAUAUAAAUGAGGUAUAUUAUGCGAAAAAGAAGCGACGCGCCCAACAGACUCAAGGCGAGGAUGAUUCGUCGAAUAAGAAGGAGCGUAAAUUAUAUAACGACGGUUACGAUGAUGAUAAUCACGAUUAUAUAAUUAAGAAUGGCGAAAAAUUCUUGGAUCGUUAUGAAAUUGAUUCCCUAAUUGGCAAAGGCAGUUUCGGGCAAGUGGUCAAGGCAUAUGAUCAUGAAGAGCAAUGUCAUGUAGCGAUAAAGAUAAUUAAGAAUAAGAAACCGUUCCUAAAUCAGGCACAAAUCGAAGUUAAAUUGCUAGAAAUGAUGAAUCGUGCAGACGCCGAGAACAAAUAUUAUAUUGUGAAAUUAAAACGGCAUUUCAUGUGGCGCAAUCAUUUAUGUUUAGUUUUCGAAUUGCUCUCCUACAAUUUAUACGAUCUACUGCGAAAUACGAAUUUUCGCGGUGUUUCAUUGAAUCUAACGCGUAAAUUUGCCCAACAGCUUUGCACUGCACUACUCUUUUUGAGUACACCAGAACUGAAUAUAAUCCACUGUGAUCUAAAGCCCGAGAAUAUAUUACUUUGUAAUCCGAAGCGUUCAGCAAUUAAAAUUGUCGAUUUCGGCAGUUCAUGUCAACUGGGGCAAAGAAUAUAUCAAUACAUUCAAUCACGUUUCUAUCGUUCGCCGGAAGUGCUACUCGGCAUCCCCUAUGAUUUGGCCAUCGAUAUGUGGUCGCUCGGCUGCAUUCUAGUGGAGAUGCACACCGGCGAGCCGCUCUUCUCCGGCUGCAACGAAGUCGAUCAAAUGAACAAAAUCGUCGAGGUGCUCGGCAUGCCGCCGAAAUAUCUGCUCGAUCAGGCGCACAAGACGCGCAAAUUCUUCGACAAAAUCGUCUCGGACGGUUCUUAUGUAUUAAAGAAGAGCCAAAAUGGACGUAAAUAUAAACCGCCGGGUUCACGUAAACUACACGAUAUACUCGGUGUCGAAACUGGUGGACGGGGACGACGCUUAGAUGAGCCAGGACAUUCGGUGGCGGAUUAUUUGAAAUUCAAAGACUUAAUACUGCGAAUGUUGGAUUUCGAUCCGAAGACACGUGUCACACCAUACUAUGCCUUGCAACAUAAUUUCUUUAAGCGUACAACCGAUGAGGGUACGAAUACAGCAGCGAGCAUAGCAAUAUCAUCACCGUCGGUUAGUUCGACAUCAUCGUCGGUGGCGAUGGUAGUAGGUAAUCAACAACAGAGUCAGCAACAGGCACAACAGCAACAGUUGGUGUCAGGCGGUGCGUUGCAACAUCCAGAGCCACAAUCGCACGGCAUGCUUCUACACCUGGGCUCUCACUCCUCCACCUCGAACUUGACGGCGUCAAAUUCGUCCGCGCUUAGCGCCAACAGCAACAACAACGCCAGCCAACAGCAACCGAACAGCCUCGGCAGUUUGAGCAGUAGUGGCAGCAUAACGGGGCUGCAACAUCCGAACAGCAUGUUGCAUGCCCGCAGCGGCAUGCGCGGCAACACCGCACUGCCCACGUCAUAUUCCGUGCCGAAGUCAAUGUAUAAGUCACAGCAGCAACAGCAACAGCAACAACAGCAAUCACAGGCGGCUGCGCUGUUGGCAGCGCAACAGGGUCUCCAGGCGCUACUCUCGCCCUCGGCGUCGAGCCACAACAGCAUUGUCAGCGGCGGUGGUGGCGGCGCUAGCAGCAGCGUCGGCAGCAACAGUAACUGCAAUCAGAAUAAUAACAGCAGCAACAACAACAACAGCUAUCCGCAUGCCAUGGACUGUGAUCCGCCACAAAUGCCGCCACCGUCACGUUUCAUCGGCGGCACCAGCGGCAGCGGCGUUUCUCUGUCCAAUUCCGCCUCAGCGUCUUCGUCCUCGAAUAGCAGUAAUAGUGGCAGUGGUGGUGGCAGCGGCAGUGCUGGUGGUAGUGGUCGCAUGCGUUCCGCGCACCACACUUUUAUCGCCCCACCACAGAAGCCACCACACGUCCAGCAAGCGCAGCAGCACCAACAACAACAACAUCUCGCCUCUGCGCAGCAGCAACCACCUCUGCAGCAUAACAGCUAUGCGCCCAACUCACUGCCCGUCGAAUUGGUACACCAUCCAUUGUCGUCCGCCGCCUCGCAUCUCAUGAUGACCGAUUCGAGCGUCAUAACUGCCAGUGCGGCUGGCACCACAUCCGGCCCGCCCUCUUAUACGUCGUUGCUGUAUCAGCAGCAACAACAACAACAGCAGCAGCAGCAGCAACAACAACAACAACAACUGCAGCAUCAGCAGUCACAAGCGGCAGCUCACAUGUACGCUUCGAUGCCGACGCAACAUAUGAUGUCCGUCGGCGACAUGUCGCUGCAGCAUCAUCACCUGCAACAGCAGCAACAACAACAACAGCAGCAGCAGCAGCAGCAGCAAAUCACACAACACCAGCGUCGUGGCGGCAGUGUUGGUGGCGGCUUUGGCGGUAGCAAUAGUAGCCUGAUUGGCGCCGGCGGUAGCGGUGGUGGGGGCGGGCUGAUGGGCGGCAGCGGCGUCAUGAGCGCCAGCAUGUCAGGCGGUGUUGGUGCUGUUGGUGGCGGCGGCGGCGGUAACGUUGGUGUUGCAGGCAGUGUAGGUACAGGCGUUGGCGGCUCUAACGCGAACGGUCCAGAUGCCUCGUCGCCUAUGGUUGGCGUUUGUGUUCAGCAGAGUCCUGUAGUAAUUCAUUAGUUAGUUGAUAAUACAUUAAUGAACAUACGAAUGUAUGUAUGUGCGUCGGUACAUUGUAUACGAGUACAUAGUAUAUGUAUGUACAUACAUAUGAUGAAAAAAUAUAUUUGUAUUUAUUUUAAUGCGCGAUAACAGAUAGCGAAACAAGGCAACACUUGCACACACUGAAACACAUGGCAUUUACUUUAAAUUCAAUUGCUUAGUGUAACCGCUCACUAUGACGCAAGAUAAGCGAAGCGAAGCGAAGAGCAAGCAAAAAAUGAAGUCAGAAAAUGCUUAGCGCAAGCCGCUGUGUUUGUAAAUAUUAAAAAGGAACUAUCGUUCUACAUUUGUAAAGCAUUUCGUAUAAAUGCACAUAUGUUCCACAAGAGUACAAUGAGCUAAUGAACGUCUUGAUUUGCUACGUGUGGCUUUUGCGACAUUUUUUAAUGGAAUCUACAUGUGUUCCACAACGAAAACUUCCAUUUGUUGCUUAUCAACAGCUGCUUUGGCACUGCUGCAAGCUUUGCUAAGAGCGUUAUUAAAUUUCGCUGCAGAGUCUACAUGCGUUCCACAGCGGUGGAAAGUGUUUUGACAGCAGAACGCAUGUAUGUGCUGUAUAUUAAAAACUUCGUGCGACUAACUUGAAUUUCACAUGCAAUCCACAUAUGUUCCACAUAAAAUUUUUAUACAACGCAUUAGGCGCUAUGGGGAAAGUGAAGAGAAAAUUUUUGUAUCGACGGCCACACCCACAUCCCAAUCCACUUUUGCCACAAAUCAAUUUUAUACAUAUGUGAGCCAAAAUUUUGGUUUUGUACAUAAUGUACACAUCGAAGCUUGAGCAUUGCUUAUGGAUUAAGAUUUCAUAGAAAGCGAAUGGCGAAUAAACAAACGUAGAGCGUGGUAAGUCCGCACUACAUUUCUCCUACACACAUAAACACAAACAGACCACAUGCAUAUAGCUGAAUACACUGAAAUAUUUAUGUAGGUAUGUACGAUAUGUGCUAUCAACUGCCGGCAGCAAAAACCCUAUACAUACGUACAUAUGUUUUGUACAUACAUAUGUUUAUUGCGGAACGUUUGAUUUAAUUCAAUUCGCUCCAACUUGACUACCUUUAAUUAGUUUUAAUUUAAAUUUAAAAUAAUUCGAACAUUUUUGUUGCCUGCCGUCUGCAUUCUACAUGUAUAUCGUAAAUCAUUUGCGUCUACCUAAACUUAAUUUGACGAAAACAACCACAAAAAAAAUACAUAUUGACUAAAUAAUUUUAGUUUUAAUUAUACUACCUACUUAUAUAUUUAGUUUAUUAUUUGCAUAAUUUUAUUUUGCGCUGUAAAAUUGUAAAUGCCUUAUGGACGUCCUAUUUUUUUUGUUCUCUUUUUUGUUAUUUCCUUUUUUCGCUCAGCCAAUCGACACUUCUUUACAAUAAAUUGUAUUUUAGUGUAGUCUCGCAUAUAAAUAUUAUUUUUCUCUUGCUAUUUGUCAGUAAAAAAAAAAAAUAGUUUGUAAAAACAGUGGAAGUAAUGCUUAAAUGGCAUAACAGCAACAGCAACAAAAAAAACUAGAAAACUAAAUUAUAGAGAAAGGAAAAAUAUAAUUAUGUUUACGUGCGCAAAAAUCUCUACAUACAUACAUACAUAAAAGCUAACUAUUUAAUUGCAAUGCCUAUAUAUAUUACACGUACUAUAAUUAUAUAUUUCGUUGGAAAUAUACAAAUUUAUGUAAGAUAAGUUCCAAAAAUA